CGCAGAUUGCGUCACUUCCUUCUGAGAUGGACGUCUGCACGUGUUGAACGCUCGAGUGUUUACAGUACUUGUUAAUUGCAGACUUUAGGUGGCACAUGCCAACAAAUAAAUACCAUCCUUGUAAGUACAUCUUCUUUUAAACUACAGAGAUGCCGAAAGUGAAAAAAUCCAAAGGCGGAGGAGGAGAGAUGAGCGGAACCGCCGUGGCGUUGGCUGAUCAGAUCCUGCAGGCGGACACGGUACGAGCCCGAGGCCGAGUAAAGACCAGGGACAGCCGGGCAGAAGCCGAGGAUAAGUACGUAGACGAGCGUCUGUCGCGGAAGAUCUUAAAACAGGCCCGAAUUCAACAAGAGGAGCUUCAGACCGAAUAUGGCCUGGCACCAGAGAAGAAGAAAACACCAGUCACGGUUCUCGGGUCUGGUGCUCAGGACGCAGACUCGGAUGAGGAGUGGCCUGCCCUGGGAGCAGCGGGCGCUGGUGAUGGAGAUGCUAUGUGUGACAGUGAAGUCGUCGUUGAUCCUGACGAUGAGAAGGCCAUUGAAAUGUUCAUGAAUAAAAACCCUCCAGUGAGACGGACCUUAGCUGAUAUCAUCAUGGAGAAGAUUACAGAAAAGCAGACCGAGGUAGGAACAGUGAUGUCAGAGGUGUCAGGGUGUCCAAUGCCCCAACUGGAUCCGAGGAUAAUAGAAGUGUACAAAGGUGUCAGUAAGGUUCUGUCAAAAUAUCGCAGCGGUAAAUUGCCAAAGGCUUUUAAAAUAAUCCCAGCGCUUUCAAACUGGGAGCAGGUUCUCUAUUUGACUGAGCCUGAGAGCUGGACUGCAGCUGCUAUGUACCAAGCAACCAGAAUCUUUUCAUCCAAUCUGAAAGAGCGAAUGGCCCAGCGGUUUUACAACUUGGUGCUGCUGCCUCGAAUACGGGAUGAUAUUGCAGAGUACAAGAGACUCAACUUUCAUCUGUACAGUGCUCUUAAGAAGGCUUUGUUCAAACCAGGAGCAUGGUUUAAAGGUAUACUGAUUCCUCUGUGUGAAUCUGGGACCUGCACUCUCAGAGAAGCCAUCAUCAUCGGAAGCAUUCUCACAAAGUGCUCAAUCCCUGUGCUUCACUCCAGCGCUGCAAUGCUUAAGUUGGCAGAGAUGGAGUACAACGGCGCCAAUAGCAUUUUCCUGCGGCUCUUGCUUGACAAGAAAUAUGCCCUGCCUUUCCGUGUCCUAGAUGCCUUGGUGGCCCAUUUCCUGUCCUUCCGCAGUGAAAAACGUGUGCUUCCUGUGCUGUGGCAUCAGAGUUUCCUCACCCUGGCUCAGCGAUACAAGGCUGACCUGGCCUCUGAACAGAAGGCGUCACUGCUGGAGUUGCUGAAGAUACAAACGCAUCCUCAGAUCUCCGCGGAGAUUCGCAGAGAACUGCAAAACUCUGAGUCGAGGGAUAUUGAAAUUGGGCUCCCUAUUACAGUUGACAUGGACUGAGGACCCAUUCCUGCCUGACACGUCCUCCUUCGCCUGUGAUUCAAGUGAUGCAAUGUUUCUUCAGCAUGGAGAAAACUUUAUCAAACCAAACUGUCCAAAGAAAGGACAAUUUCUAACAUUACAAUGCCCCAGAGCCACAAUUCUGUUCCCUGCUUGGAUGAGCUUGCACAUUUAAAGAUGCACAUCAGUAUGUAAUGUAGAUGUUGUAAUUUCAUUACAUGAAUCUCUGAAUUGUAUGCUGCGUUUGCAUUGCAGUGAUAUCCCAGAAAUAAAAACACUGGUAUAUGUGUA